CACCACUUGAUUCACCCUAUCAUAUUUUGUGUAGCUUCGCAAGAAGAGGAGGUUGAGAAGUAAAUUUGCGGGCAUCGUCCGAUUUUCGCAUUGCCAGCUCACUUUUUCUUUUUCUGUGCUGCCUUUGCUGCGGAUUCGGCGAUCAACCGGACUACAGUAGAAGCUGUCCCCGUUUAAUAAAUAAGCUAGUGCGUGCAACUGCUUUGACGAUAUCUAUCCCACUCCCUCAACACCGGAUCAUUGCGCAACAACAAGCUCUGUUCUCGCCCUCAUAUUCGUCCUAUCCAGCAGUCCUUCCUUGUCGCCAGCUUCACCGUGAUCCAUCCUUCGUUAAACUUCACCGUCACAAUGUUUGCCGCAACCAAGGUUCUCCGGGCAGCUCACGCAGAGCGAGUACCAAUGAUCAAGUUCAUUGGCAAGCGGUCGCUUCCAUCUUCUGUGGACCACACACCACACGCCCACCCAGCUUCUCCCAGCCACGAACUUCCUUCCGAUUUCUCUCAAAAGUCCUCCGCGUCAUUCUCGUCUUACAGACAAAAGGCACAACAGCAUGGUCCUCUUGGACGUGCAAACGCAAGCGCAGAUGGUAGCCUAGGCUCUGUUUCGGGGCACUCUCUGGGUUCCGUUGCUCCGGUCAAGGGCGAAUACUUCGAUCGCAAUGAGCUGCCUGCAAGAUUCAGACGGCAGCCCAUUGACCUCUCGGAAAUCGAUGCCAUUGAGACUGGAGGUGCUACACUCGUCUGCUGAGUUGGCAAAAGCUUUGAUCGAGGAAAUCUGUACAAAUUAUAGAGGGAAAAGCAAGGAUACCCCAGGAGAACGAGAAUUGCUUUGCUGCUGUUAAAGGAUGCUGAGAACUUGCUCCCAAAAGCUUGUAUGAUGAAGGAAAUUCAAUAAAAGCUCCCAAUGCUUUCAUGAAGAGCACGAUAUCGACACGAGUUGGGUGGGGGGAAAAUGGGUCGGGAACAGUUACUUUGUUUAGCAUCAGGGUUUGGGGCUGAACUGUAUAUAUGGCUUUCGUUUUGAAUAUGGAGGCUUCAAUCCGGAGUAUUGAUUCCAAGCAAUAUCAAAAUUACAAAGGACUUAACCUAUCGUUCUAUCCUCUAUUGUGAACACGUGACCACAUAACUUCAGCUCUCAG